UGUGUGGAGCUUUAAUGCUCAUUGCUUUAUUGGCCAUAUGUGUGGGCAAGCCAGCGAUUGAGCCAGAUGUAAAGCCAAAUCGGAUUGACGUUGACGAAAUUAAAGAAAACCUUAUUGCGAAUAACAACACCAAAUAUCUCGAAUCCUAUGCUGCAAAGAUGUUGAGCUACAUGAACCUUACUGUGUCGCCAUGCGACGAUUUUUAUGAAUACGCAUGUGGCAACUGGAAGUUGGUGAAACCGGAAAGGAAUUCAGUACCCAAAAAUAGCAGGAUUCUGGAGAUUUUAUAUGCGCUGAUCGAUAAGACGGAGGAGCUGCUGUUGUCCAACUCGACGUUAGCAAGUGAGCUGGGCUACGAAAAGGAAAUGAGAAUUGCACAACAGUUCUACAACGGAUGCCUCAAUGCUGAGCUCGUUCCGAUGCCAGCAGCUGAUCCCGCUUAUCUCAACCUUAUCAGGUCGAUUGGUGGAUUUCCCGCUGUGGACGGAAAAAGGUGGCAGGCCUCAAAUUUUAGUUGGUUUGACAUGAGCUCCCACUUGACUAACUACGGUGCAAAAGGAUUAAUCAAUGAAGAAAUUGUGCAAAUGCAUCCCUUUAUGCCAUACUUUAAGUUGCCAGAGCUCGGCUUUGAUUAUAUCGUUCAUAGUGACACCAUUGCCACCAACGACACCAACGGAUAUAAAAUGAACGAGAGGCGUAUGCGAGUUUAUCUUCAAAAAUAUGGACUAUCAGACGAAAAGAUAACCGAUGUAAUUGCCGGAGUGUUUGCCUUCUUCCGUGAAGCCCUGCAGAUCGCCGAUCGAUUUGAUGAGAAUAAUGAGAAAUGUGAUGCUUUGUCCUUGACUGAGGAUCCUUUCCCCUUAUGGAACAACUACUAUGAUAUUGCGUGGGGCGGUCUCAAUUUCGGUGAAAACUCAGAUCGUUUCUGCGAUUACUACUACAAUGAGUUGGAUGAGGUGUGUGCCAAACACAAGCCGGCAGUUGCCAAUUAUCUGGCCAUGAAGCUUAUUUUUUCCAUGGACUUUAAGCUGGACUCCUCAAAGUUCCAGCGCGAUUAUUGUACGAUCAAUUUACAAAAAUCGUUGCCUCUUAUCUUAAACAAGCUUUACUUAUUGAAACAUUUUACGGAUAAAACCAACACGGAGAUUUCUAACAUUGUCGUGGAGUUGCGAAAGAGUUUGGUAUUUCUCUUGGAAAAUGCCAAUUGGAUAUACGAGGAUACACGUAUGGAGGCGUUACUCAAAGAAUCUACGAUCGUGGCGCAUAUAGGUUCAUUAAAAGAUGACAAUCUCACUGAUAUCCUAAUACGCGAGAUGAACAAUCUAACCUUCGUCCCAGGCAGUUACGCCACGAACAACAUCAACUUAAGGAAAUUCGGUGUAUACAUGAAGCGUUACAAUGGAUUUCAUCACAAAGAGCUGUCCAGCGAUACAAAACCAUUGGACUUAUUGUUGGGAAUAAAUACGAACGCAUUUUAUUAUCUGUUAGACAAUUCAAUAAAUGUCAUGGCUGGAAUACUGCAUCCACCAGCAUACCAUGAGGCAUGGCCGAAUUCGCUUAAGUUUGGUACCAUCGGCUACAUAGUGGGUCAUGAAUUGUCACACGGAUUUGAUAGCAGUAGUUCCAUUUUUGAGACCAUCGACACUGAUCGCAUCGAUUGCUACGUAAAUUUCUUCAGUAACUAUCGAAUUCCAGAGAUCAAUCGCACGAUCAACGGCGAUCGGACCAAAAAUGAGAAUAUUGCUGAUAGUGUUGGAUUACGUAUGGCAAUGAUUGCGUAUAAGAGUCAUAUGAAGCAACUGAUCAGCAAAAAUAGCUCCUCAAGUGUGCUGAAAAACGAACGGAUGCCCGGUCUGGACUUAUCACCAGAUCAGUUGUUCUACGUCGGCUUCGCACAGGUUUAUUGUGCCGACUACAAGGAGGAACACUACUGGAAAGAGUGGACUGAUGAGCAUACCACUAACAAGUACCGAGUCCUUGGCACUGUUACCAACGACGAGUAUUUUGCACAGUCCUUUAACUGCCCGUCUGGCAGUUUAAUGAAUCCGAAUUCGAUCAAAUGCCGCCUCUGGUAG